AUGUGGCCGAAAAUCAAAUUCGGCCUUUCGGACGUAGAAGAGAACAACGCCCCCGAGGUGGCCGAGGAGGUUGAGGUUUCCGCCGAUGCUGGCUCCAAGGGCCAGAUGUCCGUUCUUGACGCCCUCAAGGGUGUCCUGAAGCUCGCUCUCAUGCACGACGGUCUCGCCCGCGGUCUCCGCGAAGCCUCCAAGGCUCUCGACCGCCGCCAGGCCCACAUGUGCGUCCUCAACGAGGCGUGCGAGGAGGAGGCCUACAAGAAGCUCGUCAUCGCCCUCUGCUCCGAGCACAAGAUUCCCCUGAUCAAGGUGCCCGACGGCAAGCAGCUCGGCGAGUGGGCUGGUCUCUGCGUUCUCGACCGUGAGGGCAACGCCCGCAAGGUCGUCAACUGCUCUUGCGUCGUCGUCAAGGACUGGGGUGAAGAGUCCCAGGAGCGUUCCAUCCUCCUCAACUACUUCCAGACCGAGCAGUAA